AAUACAUCAAUGGCUCCCUAAUGGAAUUGGGACUCUUGUCACUCAGACCACCCAGGACCUGAGUCUCCUGGCAAGUAAAUGCACUCCAGACUUCCUUUGGAUGCUCCUGUCCCUUGCCUACCCUAGGGGAUGCCCCAGUUCACUUUUGCUUGCUUCUGUGGGCUCCAUGGCUUCUGCAACAUGAAGAGGAAGAAGGAAGAGGGCAGCGCUGAACAGGAGACAGCAGUUUGAGAAGGAAAGGAUUUUUUACCUUUGCACAUCAUCUUAACUCAUAUUGUUGAGCUGGAAGAGCACUAUUCCUUGAGACUUUGCAGGUCCAGCAAAAUGUCUUUGUUCAAACCUUUCUCAAGAUCCAGAAGCUGGCUGUGCAAAACGGUUAUUGGGCAGUUUCCUCUCCUGAAACACCCUAAGCCUUAUUGUGGGUACUUGUCAUGACUCAAAGGAUUCUGUUGCUUUACUGAGAAGUGAUCUUGCCAAGAGUAUUUUCACUGCACCAGUUUAAGGUAAAGAACAUGUUUAUACAGCAAGCUUGAAAGUCCAGAACAAGCGCAAACUGCAGGAAUGAAGCCAAGAAAAGGACAGUCACUCGAACAAAUGCAUUGCUGUAAUAUCUUCCUAAAAGACUACAAGAUGAAACUAUACAAAAAAUUAUAAAAAAAACAUCU